UUGGCUAUUCCACUCCUCUCAGUUGGUAGUGGCCCCGUGAGGGUGGCAGGAAAAGCUCCUGUGUGUGAGCCGGGACUUCCCAGGUUAUAGACCCCUACGUGACCUGGGCCCCAGCUCAUUUCAUCUCACAUCGCUUCAAGGAGAUAGGCCAGGCAGUGGCCCUCGCUUUCUACAGACAGGACACGUGGCUCCACCAGAGCACCCUCCUCAAAUUGUUGGAGAGUAGGGACUCCUGGUAGUGUUUCCAGAAGGGGAGGGGCAAUGGGGCUAGGCCUUGAGAGGUUAGGAGCAUCUUACCUGGCUCUGAAUAGAGCAGAGGCACUUGUCUGUGUUCUGCAGGAUACACUACCUCAAGGGGCCCGUAGCAGGUCCCACAAAGGAAGUAGAGAGGCCUGCACGCAUGCAAGGAACUUGUUUCUCAGCUUCUUGGCACUCAAAGUGAAAAGGGAACUUGUAGGGUAAUGAUAAGAGAACACACGUGCACAUUUGCUGGGAGAACUACAGUCAGGGAGGUAUAUGGGGAGGGUGUAUAAACAAGCUCUGAAACAGCUUUCUUGAGAGCCAGUGUUUUGUAUGAACUUUGGCUUCUCAGCCUCUCUAGUUGAACUACCAGUAUGGGCUUCACACACUUUUUAUUUUGAAGUAAUUUCAAAGUUACUGGCCGGGCGAGGUGGCUCAUGCCUGUAAUCCCAGCACUUUGGGAGGCUGAGGCGGGCGGAUCACGAGGUCAGGAGAUCGAGACCAUCCUGGCUUACGCAGUGAAACUCCGUCUCUACUAAAAAUACCAAAAAUUAACCGGGCUUCGUGGCGGACGCCUGUAGUCCCAGCUACUCGGGAGGCUGAGGCAGGAGAAUGGCGUGAACCCAGGAGGCAGAGCUUGCAGUGAGCUGAGAUCGCGCCACUGCACUCCAGCCUGGGCAACAGAGCGAGACUCCAUCUCAAAAAAAAUAAUAAUUUCAAAGUUACUGUAAAAGAGCAUUUAUGGGCUGGACGCGGGGGCUUAUACCUGCAAUCCUAGAACUUGGAAGGCUGAGGCUGGCUGUUGGCUUGAGCUCAGAAGUUUGAGAUUAGCCUGGGCAACAUGGUGAAACCGCAUCUCUACAAAAAAUACAAAAAAAUUACCAAGGCCUGGUGGUACGUGCCUGUAGCCCCACCUACUUUGGGGACUGAGCUGGGAGGAUUGCUUGGGUACAAGAGGUCAAGGCUAUAGUGAACUGAGAUCACGCCACUGCAUUCCAGCCUGGGUGAUAAAGUGAAACCCUGUCUCAAUAAAAAAAAAAAAAAAAAGAGCUCUUAUGUACUCUUCACCCAGAUGUACCUAAUGUUAUUAUUUGCUACAUUUGCUUUAUUUCUCUCUAUACAGUAUAUAUCUAAUGUAUGUUAAAUAUAUUAGAUACUACAUGUGUGCAUAUCCAUACAGUGGACCCUUGAAUGGCAUGGGGGUUAGGGGCUGACCUGUAUAGUUGACAGUCCACGUAUAGGCUGGGUGCAGUGGCUCAUGCCUGUAAUCCCAGCACUGUGGGAGGCUGAGGCGGGUGGAUCACUUGAGGUCAGGAGUUCGAUGAGACCAGCCUGGCCAAUGAGAAAAAACCCCGGCUCUACUAAAAAUACAAAAAUUGGCCAGGCGCUGUGGCUGUCUGUAAUCCCAGCACUUUGGGAGGCCGAGGCAGGCAGAUCACCUGAGGUCAGAAGUUCGAGACCAGCCUGGCCAACAUGGUGAAAACUCGUCUCUACUAAUGAUACAAAAAUUAACUGGGUGUGGUGGUGGGCGCCUGUAAUCUCACCCACUUUGGACGCUGAGGCAGGAGAAUCGAUUGAACCCGGGAGGUGGAGGUUGCUGUGAGUUGAGAUCUCACCACUGCACUCCAGCCUGGGUGACAGAGCCAGACUCCAUUUUCAAAAAAACAAAACAAAACAGAAAAUAAAAAUUAGCCAGGUGUGGUGGCGUGCGCCUGUAAUCCCAGCUACUUGGGAGGUUGAGGCAGGAGAAUUGCUGGAGCCCAGAAGGCGGAGGUUGGAGUGAGCCAAGAUCGUGCCACUGCACUCCAGCCUGGGCCAGACCUGUCUUAAAUAAAAGAAAAAAAAAAGAAAAUCCAUGUAUAACUUCUGGUUCCCCCAAAACUUUCCUACUAAUAUACUGUUGACUAGAAGCCUUACCAAUAACAUAUUUGUAUAUUGUAUGUAUUAUAUACUAUAUUUUUACAGUAAAGUAAGCUAGAGAAAACUGUUAUUUUAAAAAUCAUAAGGGGCCGGGUGUGGUGGCUCAUGCCUGUAACCCCAGCACUUUGGGAGGCCGAGGCAGGAGGAUCACCAGGUCAGGACUUCAAGACCAGCCUGGCCAACAUGGUGAAACCCUGUCUCUACUAAAAAUACAAAAAUUAGCCAGGAGUGGUGACGUGCGCCUGUAAUCCCAGCUACUCGGGAGGCUGAGACAGAAGAAUUGCUUCAACCUGGGAGUUGGAGGUUGCAGUGAGCUGAGACCGUGCCACUGCACUCCAGCCUGGGUGACAGCAAGACUCCGUCUCAAAAAAUAAAUAAAGAGAAAAAAAAUCAUAAGGAAGAGAAAACAUAUUUACUAUUCAUUAAGAGGAAGUGGAUCAUCAUAAAGGUCUUCAUCCUUGUUCUCACGUUGAGAAGGCUGAGGAGGAGGCAGGGGGUAGUCUUGCUGUCUCGGGUGACAGAAGAGGAAGAAGAUCCUUGUAUAAGUGAACCACACAGGGUCCUGGCCGGGCGCGGUGGCCCACGCCUGUAAUCCCAGCACUUUGGGAGGCCGAGGUGGGUGGAUCAUGAGGUCAGGAGUUCAAGACCAGCCUGGCCAACGUGGAGAAACCUUGUCUCUACUAAAAGUACAAAAAUUAGCCAGACGUGGUGGUGCUCACCUGUAAUCCCAGCUACUCGGGAGGCUGAGGCAGGAAAAUCACUUGAACCCGGGAGGCGGAGGUCACAGUUAGCCAAGAUCACACCACUCUACUCCAGCCUGGGUGAUAGAGUGAGACUCCAUCUCAAAUAAAUAAAUAAAUAAAUAAAUAAAGUGAGCCACGCAGGGUCCUUCCGGGGGGUGACCUUCAGCUGGCCAUUCGGGAUGAUGGACUUUCCAUCCCAGAACCAUGGCUCCAUUUGUCCGUAACCUUGUGGAGAAGACCCCAGCACUGGUGAAUGCUGCUGUGACUUACUUGAAGCCUCGAUUGGCCGCAUUUUGGUACUACACCACGGUUGAGCUGGUUCCUCCCACCCCUGCUGAGAUCCCUAGAGCUAUUCAGAGCCUGAAAAAAAUAGUCAGUAGUGCUCAGACUGGUAGCUUCAAACAGCUCACAGUUAAGGAAGCUUUGCUGAAUGGUUUGGUGGCCACUGAGGUGUCGACGUGGUUUUAUGUCAGAGAGAUCAUAGGCAAGCGUGGCAUCAUUGGCUAGAAUGUUUGAAGACCAGUCUUAACAUCUGAUUAUAUUUGAUUUAUUAUUUGAGUGUUGUUGGACCAGGUGUGAUCAGACUGCUAUCUGAAUAAAAUAAGAUUUGUCAGAAAUUCCAAAAAAAAAAAAAAAGUGAAUCAAGCAGUUCCAACCUAUGUUCAAGGGUCAACUGUGUCUAUAUUUUGAACCAUUUAAGAGUAAGUUGCCCCUUUGCCCCUAAAUAUUUCAGUGUGUAUCUCCUAAGAACAAGGACAUUCUUUUGCGUAACCACAGAAUAAUUACAGGAAAGUAACAUUGGUACAACACUAUUAUCUAAUCCACAAGCCUUAUUCAAUUUUUUUUUUUUUGAGAUGGAGUCUUGGCUCUUGUCACCCAGGCUGGAGUCCAGUGGCAUGAUCUCGGCUCACUGCAACCUCCGCCUCCUGGGUUCAAACAAUUUUUUCCUGGCCCAGUGCUAACCUAAAACCAUAUGCUGGAGUUAGUCCUUCUGUCUCUUUGGCCUCUGUACUAGUUUACCAGGGCUGCCAUAACAAAUUUUCUGCAAACCAGGCAGCUGAAGACAACAGAACCUUAUUCUCUUACAGUUCUGGAGGCCAGAAGUCUGAGAUCCAGGUGUCCGCAGGGCAGGGCUGUGCUCCCUUUGAGGUGUAGGGGAAGAUCCUUCUACCUCCUUCAGCUCCUGGAGGCUGUCAGCAGUUUUUGUUCUUUAAUUUUUUUCGUUUUUUUUUUCUUUGAGAGGGAGUCUUGCUCUGUUGCCCAGGCUGGAGUGAAGUGGCAUGAUCUCGGCUCACUGCAAACUCCACCUCCCAGGUUCAAGUGAUUCUCAUGCCUCAGCGUCCUGAGUAGCUGGGAUUGCAGACGCCCGCUACCAUACCCAGCUAAUUUUUGUAUUUUUGGUAGAGACGCGGUUUUUCCAUGUUGUCCAGGCUGGUCUCCAACUCCUGACCUCAGGUGAUCCACCUGCCUCGGCCUCCCAAAGUGCUGGGAUUACAGGCGUGAGCCACCGUGCCUGGU